AUGAACUUUGAGGACGUGGCCAUUGACUUUUCUGAGGAGGAGUGGGGGCUCCUUGAUGAGGCUCAGAGACUUCUGUACUGCAAUGUGAUGCUGGACGUGUUUGCACUUGUCUCAUCUGCAGGUUGUUGGCAUAUAACGGAUGAUGAGGAGGCCUGUUCUGAGCAGAGCAUAUCUGUACAAGGACAGUCACAGGUCACGGUGUCUAAGACAGAGCCAGCAACCCAGAAGACCCAUCUGUGUAAGAGGUGUUUCUCUGUGUUCAAAGACAUUCUGCACCUGACUGAGUCACAGGCAGCAUACAUUGAGCAGAAAGCCUUCUUCAAUUACCCACGUGUGAGAGACUUCUGUUUCAGUGCAAACCCUCGCCAGCAACAAAGGGAAGCCAGUGGAGAGAAGCCCUGGAAAGAAGCUGUGAACAGGACCUCGUUUGUGACCAGGUGCAGCUUCUACUUAUCAGGGCUCCCUUCAUCCAGUAGGGAGGUUGGGGAAGACUUGCCAGCCAUCUCAGAGCUUCUCCAGCCCCAGGCCCCUCUCAACACUGAGGAGCCACACAGUGGCAGUGAGAUUUCCCUGAAACAUCGCAGUGGAAAACAUCAUAACCAGUGGGGUCAAUGUGAAAAUGCCACCAGCCACAACCAGAAAGUUGUUCAACAGAACGUCUGCAAGGGAGAAGCAAAUUAUGCAUGGAAGAAAUCCGGAAAGAUUUUUAGAGGAAUCCCUAGCCUCAUUCAACAUAGGAAAGUUAACACUGGAGAAAAGCCAUAUGAGUGUAGUGACUGUGGGAAGUCCUUCAGAUAUAAGACUAACCUCAAUCAACACCACAGACUUCACACUGGAGAAAAGCCAUAUGUGUGUAGUGACUGUGGUAAGUCAUUCAGACAAAGGUUUAGCCUUACUAAGCACCAGAGAGUUCACACUGGAGAAAAACCUUAUAAGUGCAGUGAAUGUGGGAAGUCCUUUAGACAGAGGUAUAACCUCACUGACCACCAGAGUGUACACAGUGGAGAAAAACCUUAUGAGUGUAGUGAAUGUGGGCAGUCCUUCAGACAAAGAACUACCCUUACUAAUCACAAGAGAGUUCACACUGGAGUAAAACCUUAUGAGUGUAGUGAAUGUGGUCAGUCCUUCAGACAAAGAGGUACCCUUACUAAUCACCAGAGAAUUCACACUGGAGAUAAACCUUAUGAAUGCAGUGAGUGUGGGAAAUCUUUUAGAAGUCAUAGUAACCUUUUUACCCACAAGAGAAUUCACACUGGAGAAAAACCUUAUGAGUGUAGUGAAUGUGGGCAGUCCUUCACAAAUAGUUGUACCCUUACUAAGCACCAGAGAGUUCACACUGGCGAAAAACCUUAUGAGUGCGGUGAAUGUGGGAAGUCAUUUAGAGGAAGGAGUAACCUCUCCGAACACCAGAGAAUUCACACUGGCGAAAAACCUUAUGAAUGCAGUGAAUGUGGGAAAUCAUUUAGAUGCCGUGGUCACCUUCUUAAGCACAAGAUAAUUCACACAGGAGAAAGGCCUCAUGAGUGUAAUGAAUGUGGGAAAUAUUUUAGAUGCCAUAAUCACCUUUUUAUGCACAAGAGAGUUCACACAGGAGACAGGCCUCAUGAGUGUAGUGAAUGUGGGAAAUCUUUUAGCAGAAAAUCUCACCUGAUUAGACACCUGAUUGUUCACAAUGGAGAAAAGCUUUAA